AUGCGCACGUAUCUCCUCUUCAAGGGCCGAAAUGGCCAGAAAGAAGUGAACUUAAAGAGAAUAGACUCGGUAAGGUCAGUAGAAUACAACACGACCCUCGUGAUGUGGCUAUCUGUGCGAGGGGUCAGGAUGUGUAACGCAUGUCUUCAGCCAUCUUGCGAUAAGUCGGACGAAAGGGCAUCAGCAGGUUCCAACGACUUCGAUCGCAUCCCAUUCCUCUUAAGUUACUCACAGGUCAUGACAUAUGGUUCAAGAGUCUCAAUGAUUGGAAGAAUCGUCAUUCUUUUAACGAUUUUAUCCACAUUAUUCUAG